AUGACAUUUGUACCGGCAACUCUCAUCCUUCCGCUGAGCCCACCACACAACGGCGUGCCGCUUGAGCUAGAAGUUGUAGCAGAGGCAGGAGAGAUUCAUGCGAGGGGAGACAGGGGUGGGGCGCAGUCCCCGUCCGCGUUCGUGGCGACGAGGGGCGGGCACCAGCGAUACGAUCUCUUGCCUGGACGAUCGAUUGGACUUCCGACUGAAGUAUGGUGGAAGGUGAUUGAUUUUGUUGCGGACGACAUUUGGCACACAGAAACUGGCGGAAAUCAGCUGCGAGAGCUGGCAAGGGUGAAUCAGGCGUGUCACACGCGGUGCCGUGUUCGUGCUGAGGAGAGACUAGAUGUCAUCGACAGGGACAAGAAAGAAGUGUAUCGGCUGAUCAGAAGACUGGACGAGCACCCAGAUCGAUACGGCCGCAUAAAAACUGUGAGAUUCGUGAACGGGAAGAUCAGUACGUUUGGGUCACUUGCUAUCCUCAUGGCAGGGAAGCUUCCUAAUGUGGAGAUGCUCGAGCUCAAGUCUGGCUCGUUGACAUGGUUCCACUGCGACUGGGAGCCUGGACAGCUGCACUCGCGCAUUUUCUUACACGUGAGGGCCGCAUUUGAGUCGGUGACCACGCUCCAUCUCUUCUGGAUCCUUUUCCCCUCUGCGGCGGUGUUUGGAAGACUUAUUCACGCCCUUCCACGCCUCGGCUCCCUGACAUGUAACGGGGUGAGGUUCAAGAAUCCAAGCGUUAUGCCAGGCCCAGUAGCAAGUCCCCUCCGACUUGCCACCGUCGGCCUGUUUGAGAGCCCUGACGUUGUCGACUUUCUUGUUCAGAGUGGGCCCGGCGCCUUCUUCCUCCACCAGGUCGUCGUCGGUCCACAGCGAGGGAAGGGUUCGAGGCUGGUCACUGUCGCCGCGCAUUCGCUCUCCUCGUUUCAUCUUCGCAUAGAUUGGAGUAUUGCUCAGGAUCUUAAUGACUUAGAUCUGGGCCUUCUCCCCGAUCUCACUCCAGCUCAAAACCUGUGUGCCCUGUCGGUCUCGAUUUCCUCGAUCUCCUUUAGUCCACAGUGGCUAGAACGCGCUUUGCCUCGCGCCUCCUUACCUAACCUACGUGAACUUGAGAUUUCUGUCGACCUCCAGGGUGACGAUCAGCGACGAAGCAACUUCGAUGAGUUUGACGAUGAUUCCUACGUGCACAUCGACGGCGUCCUCUCUGGACCUCUGUUUCCCACCCUCCAAAAGAUCACCUUUUGCCUUCAAUGUUGUGUCACUCCAAGUGAGGUGAUGAGCGUGACAUCCGAGGUAUCCUGGCGGACACAUUUCUCGUCGAAACUCCCCCUCCUUCACGCCAGUGGACGGCUCUUGUGA